GCUAAAAUACUUGUUUCUGUCUUGUUCAGCCCAAAUAUCUCUAAUCUUCUUCGACUUCAAGCUUUCGCAUCAUCUUCCCCAACCUUUCUUUAAUUUUAUACUAACAUAAUAUACAUUUUAUUUAUUUUAUCUCUUCUCGGACUUAGCAGAUAGCAGCAGUUAGCUAAAGGUGAGAGCUUUUAAUUCAUGGUUAUGGUGAGUGCUCAAAACCGAAUGGGUAUCUUUAGUUUUGAAAGCAAUAGAAUUUACACUUCAGUUUCUAGCCCGAAACCGUUUCCCGCAAGUGGGUUCUUCAGUUGCUGGAGACCAACAAGCCGGGUUGCUUUAUGGUCAAAGAAUCCAAGCAAGAAAAAACGGAAGUUUGCUUUAAGAGUGGUUAAUUCCGGUGGAGGGGUUCUCGAGAAAGAGUUCGAAUUUAAGCCGUCUUUCGAUGAGUAUUUGAAGACUAUGGAGUCUGUGAGGGAGAAAAAGCAAUCUUUUAAAUCAAAUAGAGGUAAGUCAAGUAGAAACUUUGGGGAGAAUGAAAAUAUGUCCAAAAUUGAACAUAAUGAUGUGAAAAUGAAGAGUGAAGGAGCUGUUAGAGCUAGAAGCAAAAAGGCAUUGCUUGUAAAAAGUGAAGAUGAUGAUGUGAAGGCGCUGAGAGAUAAUCCACAAGUUUCACGAAUUCAAACAGAAGAAAGAACAAAAGAAUCAGCUAAGUUACGCAAAUGUGAUUCAAAUUCAGAGAGUUAUGAAGAUAAUGUGAAUUUGAUAAAGUUUGGAGGGUUUUCUAAGGAAGUAAAGAUGUCUAAAGUCUUUAAGUACAAUGAAGUGAACUCGAAAAAUGAAGGAAUAAGAAGAACUAGAAGCAGAAAGGGGUUUGUUGAAGAAGGGGAAGAUGAUGAUUUGAAGAUUGAAAGAACUGCCUUCAAGAACUUUGAAGAAUCCAAUGACAUUGUUAAUAAGCCACGAGUUUCAAAGAUGGAAAUGGAGGAGAGAAUUCAAAAAUUAGCAAAGUCGUUGAAUGGUGCAGACAUUGAUAUGCCUGAGUGGAUGUUUUCUAAGAUGAUGCGUAGUGCAAAAAUAAAAUUUUCAGACUAUUGUAUAUUAAGGGUGAUCCAGGUAUUGGGUAAAUUAGGGAAUUGGAGACGGGUACUUCAAGUCAUUGAAUGGCUUGAAGUGCGUGAGCGCUUCAAAUCACACAGGCUCAGACAUAUUUACACCACCGCACUUGAUGUACUUGGGAAAGCAAGGAGACCUGUGGAAGCUCUUAACUUAUUCCGUUCAAUGCAGCAACAAAUGGCUUCAUAUCCGGACAUAGUUGCUUAUCAUUCCAUUGCUGUCACUCUUGGGCAAGCUGGGCAUAUGACAGAACUUUUUGAUGUUAUUGAUAGCAUGCGGUCUCCUCCCAAGAAGAAAUUCAAGACAGGGCCACUUGGAAAGUGGGACCCAAGAUUAGAGCCUGAUAUUGUGGUUUACAAUGCGGUCCUAAAUGCCUGUGCUAGGCGGAAACAGUGGGAGGGGGCAUUUUGGGUUUUGCAGCAGUUAAAGCAACAGCAUCUACUGCCCUCCACUACUACAUAUGGACUUGUAAUGGAGGUGAUGUUUGAAUGUGGCAAAUACAACUUGGUCCAUGAGUUUUUCAGGAAAAUGGAUAAGUCUUGUAUACCGAAUGCUUUGACAUAUAGAGUUCUUGUAAAUACCCUUUGGAAGGAAGAUAGGAUAGAUGAGGCUGUGUCGGUUGUUCAAGUUAUGGAAAAACGAGGAAUUGUAGGUUCUGCUGCUCUUUAUUACGAUCUUGCUCGCUGUCUUUGUAGUGCCGGAAGGUGCCAGGAAGCACUGAUGCAGAUUGAGAAAAUAUGCAAGGUUGCUAACAAACCACUGGUGGUAACUUAUACUGGUUUAAUUCAAGCAUGUCUAGAUAGUGGAAACAUUGAAAAUGGAGCAUACAUCUUCAACCAAAUGCAGAAAUAUUGCUCUCCAAAUCUUGUCACUUGUAAUAUCAUGCUAAAAGCUUAUUUGGAUCAUGGAUUAUUUGAUGAAGCUAAAGAACUGUUCCAGAAGAUGUCCAAAGAUGCAAAUGAAAAUAGCAGCAAAUGUAAUGAUUUGAAUGGAGUGGUAGCUGAUAGUUAUACAUUCAAUAUCAUGUUAGACGCAUGUGUUCAACGGAAUAGGUGGGAUGAGUUCGAGCAUGUGUAUAGAAGGAUGUUGCGCCAUGGAUUUCAUUUCAACGCAAAACGUCAUCUCCGCAUGAUACUAGAUGCUGCUCGAGCUGGAAAGGGGGAGCUAUUGGAAACAACUUGGGAGGAGAUGGAUAGGGCCGAAAGAACUCCUCCUCUGCCUUUGAUAAAAGAAAGGUUUUGCAUGAAGCUGGAGAAAAACGAUUACGCGUCUGCUGUUUCAUGUAUUACCAUCCAUCCCGCGAGUGAGUUACAGGCAUUGUCAAAGUCGGUGUGGUUGAACUUAUACAAGGAUAAUGCCUCCCGUUUCCAACAAGAAACGAUUAUCGGAUUAGUCGAAGCAGUGGAUAUGAUUAUUGGCAAAAGUGAGUCACCAAACCCUGUUCUCGACAAUCUUUUAGCAUCUUCUAAACAAAUUUUGAGGACUGGGCUUGUUUGAUUCAUGCUAUCUCAUCACAUCAAUCAGUAAAUCAAUCAAUGCUAGCACAAACCCUUGUUUUUUGUAUAGUUGAAAAUGUGUAGGUAGGUAGUAAAGUUUCUUUCUAAAUCUUGAUCGUAUGUGCCAAGUUUUGUCUCUCUGUAUCUUAGUUACUAUUACAAUAUUGCUAAUUCCAUUUAAUAUUCAAUAAAUAUGUAUGCAAAUGCAUCAAGGAAAGAAUGGAUGAAUGAAUGAAUAUAUAAAUAUUAUGUUUA